GAAUACUGCAGGAAACACGUCUCUACUGCUACAGUCCGGUAAACUAGGGCUGGAACGAUUGGUCCAAAUCGAUUAAAAUUCUCUUGUGUCGGCUUCUCAAAUGUGAGCUACAGGGGUCGUAUUGCACUAAUGGAGGCUCUUGGUACAACGGACAAAAUAAACGACCCAGGCCCGCCUCUUUCAUCUCUUCGCCUCCUGGUGCCCCCAUUGCAACUUCUCUCUGCCGCUAUGUGGCAGCUGGCAAAGCAGAGGGAUGUGAUGAAUUAUGAGAAGCUCCAGGAGUUCGUGGUCAUGGUGACAGAGGCAGUGCCCGGACUGAUCAACCACAGACAGAGAGCCCAGCUCAUUCUGGGUCUAAGAGCAAGGCUUAUUCUGGAGCUAUGCAAAGGCUCAGCACGAGGCUCUGUUGAUUCUCAAGUGAUCCAGAGCUAUUUGGACAGACUCCCAAUAACCUCUGCAAACACAGAUUACAGGGAUGCAGAGGUGAAAACAACAGAGUCCACGUUCAUUGCACUUGUUCAGAGCCUGCUGAAAGACCCAGUAGAGAGAGCAUACUUCUUCCAGGAGGUAUUCCCAGUGGAAUAUGGGCCGCAAUAUGAUGCAGCUCUACAUGUGCUACUGUGGGAGUUGCUCUCAAAACUGGAAAAGCUGCUGCCCGUACCAGACCUUAAACAGACGGCAGCCUGGCUCGGCUCUGCUCCUUCUGUUUUGAAGGAGUGUCUUCAGUCCUCACCUGAAGAGCUGAGCUUGGUCUUCGAACACUACAGGACUGCGGGGCUACUGAAAAUGCCAUAUGGCCCUUCAUCCACCAUUGGCAGCUGCAUCAUGUCUGCUUUAUCCAUUCCUCCCUCGCAAAAGACAAACAUCUCCGUUGGACUGGAAUCGAUCCAUAACUAUGCUAAUGUAUUAAACCCUGUGACUUUUGUCGGAGCGGACCAGUACAGUGUUGUGGCCGUCUACACUGAGGUGGAAGUUGGAUCAUCUGAAGUGGAAGAGGAAAUGAUUGAGUCGGCUGAAGUUCAGGUUCACACAGAUUUCUAUGAAGAAGAGAUUGUGGCUGUAAGCGCAGAUAAUGUUGGUGGUGAGGAGUCUGCCAGCUUGAGAUCAGAAGAAACAAGUGAAACUGUGGACGUUGCAAAAGCGCUGGAGACCCUUACAAAAACCUUUGCACUAAGGAAGGAGAGCCUCGGCCAAGACAUGCUGACAGGAAAGGCUAAUGAUUCAUCCCUAAAUGAGGAGCUUGCGUCAGGAAACGCUACAGAUGAACGAAACGCUAAUGAACGAUGUGAAACAGGUGACCAGACCGAUGAUAAAAUAGAAACAAUGAAGGAUGAUUUCCACCCCAGAGGCAUAGAGAGCAGUGUUAACUCUUCUUGUAAAGAACCGAAGGAUGACUAUGACUCCGACCCUGGCCACGCAGAAAUGACAGAUGUCUCCAGUGAAGCUCCUGUUUCUGAAGCACAGCAGUCUGCCUGCUCAGCUAACAUCCGCAGAUCCUCUCGUCUACAAAUGAAGACCUCACCUAGUUGUCAGGAGAUGUGUAAAUUCAGGAGAUCAUCAAAGGAAACUACAGAGGAACCAAAAAUGAGCAAAGCUGACGCAUCAGUUGCCCCCUCUGUGAUAGCAAUUAAAGGAAUCGAUAAAGGGGAUUCUGAUGAAAUGACCUCCAUCAUCUUCACCUGCUCACAGUGCCCCUUCCACAGCUCAGAUGAAAACAGCCCCCCUCACUUCCACAUGCAGAGUGUUCGAACAGAAGUAUACAGGACUCUCUCCGGGGCCAAAUUUACACCAUCUCCCUCCAGCACUGAUGAAAUAUUUACAUCCAUUAAACUUUUCCCCAGAGGAAACGCAGAGCGGAGCGGAGCGGAAUCGCCUGACAAUCAAAGCAGCGUGAAUGUUUCCCAGUCCCAUGUCAGACAGAAGGCCCUCACAUGUGAAACGUGUGGUAAGACGUUCACCCGUACGUCAGACGUCAGGAGACACCAGCUCACUCACACCGGAGAGAGACCUUUUCAUUGCUCACAGUGUGACCGAACCUUCCAGCACUCAUGGGAUCUGGCAAAGCACGAGAGCAAACAUCACGGCGUGGCCAUCUCUUUCUCCUGCCAGCUGUGCGGAAGCUCCUUCGCCAACCUCCGCGCAUUAACCGUCCACCACAAGAAGUCUCACUCCCAGGAGAGCCAGCUCCCUCAGAUUUGCUCCAUCUGCAGCCAGAGUUUUGCGACUUCCUCUGAGCUGCUCGAGCACAGGAAGUCCCAUGUCACCAGUAAACGCUACAUCUGCCAGCAGUGCGGCGAGGGCUUCGACUCCCUGCUUGCACGCUCCCAGCAUCGGCAGAUGCAUCAGGUAAAGCAUAAGUUUAAGUGUCCACAUUGUGAGAAGACGUACACCCGAAGGUCUGAUGUGAAGAGGCAUCUGUCCACACACACUGGGGAGCGCCCUUACCAGUGUAACCAGUGCAGCAAACGGUUCUCGCUCCACUUUAUGCUCAUGAAACACCUACGUGUUCACACAGGCGAGCGGCCUUUCCAGUGCUCGCACUGCCCAAAGAGGUUCACACUGGUGUCUGUGCUGGCCAGACACGAGAGGAUGCACACCGGGGAGAAACCUUUCCUCUGCUCCCAGUGUGGGAAGGGUUUUUUGUCUCAGGGAGAGCUUUCAAAACACCACAGGUCACACGUGGACGACAAACCCUACUCCUGCCCUCAGUGCGACAAAUGUUUCAAGAGCAAGAAAACCCAGCAGGAACACAUCAUCUCCCACACUGGGGCCCGCCCAUACCCCUGCAGCUACUGCGGGAAGGGCUUCACCAAACCAUACGCACUGACCAGACACAACCUCAUUCACACAGGAGAGAGGCCGUUCCCCUGCGGACACUGUGAAAAGUCUUUUCUCACCCUCAGCGAGGCUCAGCUACACCAGCGAAUUCACACGGGGGAGAAGCCGUAUCCCUGCAACAUCUGUGAACUCAAAUUUAAGAGCUCGUCUGAGCUGGCGCGACACAGACGCAGCCACUCAGGGCUGAAGCCGCUGAAGCCGUACUGUGAGCAGUGCAUGAAAACAUUCGCGUCCAAGGUCAAGCUGAAGAAACACAUGGAGACACACAAGGAGGGAAGAUCAGCGCAGUCUGUGGACUCCAUACAGCCUAAGGAAUGAAAAAUCUGAAUAAAUAAUAGAGACUAUGUGGAAUUGUGAAAAACAAUGUGUAUUAUUUCAGGAUGUUUGAGUUUAUGUGUUUAGCCUUAUCAAAUUGUAUAAGUUGUAAUUAGGAGAUAAUAUAUUUUCUGCAGAUCAGGAGAGAAACCUUUGUCCACAGCUACAGUUUGGUACUACUGCAUCCUUCAACCUUUUGAGGAAAUUAUUCUGAAAAAGUAAUCUUUAAAAUUGUUAAAGACAAAUCAAAUAGUUUGUUUUAAAUGGAAAUCACAGGUGCAAAAAAAAAAAAAAAAAGUUCAUCAAAUAGAUUUUUCACUCAUAAUACUGUCCGUUUCUUUUUGCUCGCUAUCACUGUAAUAUUGCGCGGCAAUGGUAUGCAGCGACGGUUUCAGGUUUAAAUCAAAACACGGGCACCUUCAUGGGCUAGUAUAAAUCGAAAGUGUACUUAAGGAUGAGUAAGGGAAUGGAUUCACCCUUAAAUUCAAGGCACACUGCUUC